AUGGCUUCAGAUGGUCAUGUCUCUCCUCCUCCUCCUCCAAAACCUCUUGAACAAGAAAUGAGGAAUUCAGGAGUUAGUCUGGCUCUACAGAUCGAGCAGUACCUGCUGGAGAAGUUCGAAAAUGGGCUUGACACUAAGGACAAGAAUCGCCCCAAAGUAGCAUUACACAGCCAGCUCGAGAAGCUGAAGAAACUGCUUGAAGGUCAACUCCGCUCGUCUUCGUGCGAGGGAAACAAGAUUAGGGAAAAUCUCUAUUACCUCAACGAUGUCCUGACCGAGUGUCAGACACUAUCGAAGAAGCAGAUUCUGUCCAAGUACAGAAUUAAGAGGAACCUGGACAAGAUCGAGGAGGAACUUAGCCGGAAUCCCAGUACCGGCCAGAGUAGUGAUGCUACUCAGGAUAGCAAUGGCGGAAGCGCAAUGAAGAGUCGAGAAGUUUCCGGACCAAUUCCUCUGCGAGCAGAUUCGGUGAAGGGAUUUGCCAUCGAAAUGGAGUUACUGGAAUCUCUGUGCAAGAAACCAAGCUCAGAUGAAUUCAAGGCGAUUGGAGUGGUGGGGAAAGGAGGGAUUGGCAAAACAACUCUAUGUCAAUUGUUCUUCAGCAACGCACAGAAGACUAGAGAGUUCCUUCCUAGAAUUUGGGUGAGCUUGUCCAGGCAGCCUACUGAGAAUUCCGGAAGAAAGGCAGACAUUGUCAAGGCGGUGUUAUUCCAGCUAGGUGUUGAAGAGGAAGUCAGUGAUAUCGAAGAUAAAGAUACAGCGGAUUGUAAACUAAGUGCUCUUGUUGCUUUGCUCCACAAGCAUCUGUGGGGGAAGAAGUAUCUGAUUGUCUUGGAUGGCAUUUGUGACGUAGGCAUCUGCAAUGAGGACAAUGAAUGGAAUGAGGAGAUGGCCAGGAAGAUGGUUGGAGAGGACAAUCUGCACCAGAUAAUGCCGCUUUCGGAUCCUGAAAUUUGCUGGGCGAUAUUUGAGAAUUCAGCCAAGCAACGAGGAAAGCAUAUUGAUUCUACCGAAAAAGAGCAGCUGAAGGCAGAUAUCAAGAAAAAAUGUGCUGGCCUUCCGUUAGCUGCCAAACUAAUGGGUCAAAUGUACGAACCAACCUCAGCAGCACCAGCAAACCCAACUCCACGACAGUAG